ACCCUCCAAAACCCACGAUAAGAGAAAUCCCCCCCACUUGGAAAGGCAAACAACACACCACGCAGCACGCCGCACCACAAAGUGCAUUAUCACCAACCUCCCUGACCGAAUCACCCCUCUUCUGGCAGAUAUAAUUUUCUGCCCAACGGCCUCUUCUCUCUUCAGUAUUUCUUUUUCCUUCAUGGGACGUUUGAAGCAACAAGGCGGCAUCCAUUUGAUGCGUUGACCAAGACACACAAAAUGGCCUCCACCACCAAUCACCCCAGACCGCCUCAGUACCACAACCCAUCCUGUCUGUCCCCACAACAACGCACACCCCGCCUCAUCACAGCGCUUUCUUUCCUCCCCGCCCUGCCGCUGCUGAUUGCUCAUGGGGUGAUUUCCCAGAAUGCCAUUCCUGCUGUUGGGCUCGCGCCGCUUUUUGUUUCGGCUUGCGUCGGUGUUUUUAUUUUGCUGCAGCUGAAGAAGAAGGAGAGGAGGCAGAAGAGGGCGGUGAGUGGGGAAGGGUAUGGGGAUGAUAUUGAGGGGCAUGGGAGACAGCAUGGCCAGCACGGCCAUCGCGGGAGGAUCACGCCUUCUGAUGAUGACGAGGAUCAGGCACAAGAGAAAGACUCUGUGUUUACCCAUCGGAUACUAAUCUUUUUGGUGGAUGCUGGCUUGGCGGCUGGGUUGUUGGUUGUGUUGGGGUUGACGGUUAUUGAGACCAUCACCGGAAAGCCUUAUCAUCGUGGCAAGCCUGCGGAGGAGGGUGGCGAUGGGGGCGAUGUGCCGAAACCUGAACCUGGGCCUGAGGUUGUUGAUGAUCUGAGAAGGGCGGAGUUGGUGAUGCUGGCUGCAUAUGGAACGAUUCCUUUGCUGGUCAACUUUGGCAUCCAUUUCUACAUGGCAAUCAGAGAGCUGAUUGCUGGCUUGGCUAUUCAUGGCUUGAUCCAGUACACCGCUUGGCAAGUUCUUGACCCUGACUGCCCGCACUGCGGUGGCAGGUUGAGGCCGGAGCACACGCCAGAUAUCCCAUGGUAUGAGACGGUUUCUGCGCCUUCCUUCGCAGUGCCAAGCGUUGCGUUGCCCGAGGUUCCUGCUCCGAAUGUCACAAUGCCAAAGUGGCAGUGGAAGACCCCGUCUUGGCUGUCGAGAAAGCAGAGCGAGGACUUCUCUGGCGCAGACCCGGAUGCCAGGCUGUUUGUGGACGAUGGGGACAGGUAUAGGGACGAUACCACUGAGGACGAGGCAGCAUCCACGACUGGCAUUGUUGCUGGCACUGCAUCCGUGGGCCCAGGCCCUGUUGUCGAAGAGGUUGUGAAGGGGAAGAAGGACAAGAAAAAGAGGUCUUCAAGCGGUUCGGGGUACUAUGAGGAUGAGGCCGGGUGGCCCUGAGCCAAAGCAGAGUGUAUUGAGGAGUUGAUGGUGGAUGGUGGAUGUGUCGCGCGGUGGUGAAGCGUGGGAGCUGGAGGGAGGUGGGCUGCGUAGCGAUCAGCUGGUGUGAGCAGGUAGUCUGAGUUUGGUGGAUGUCUUUUUUAGAUACCCUUGUUUGCUGUUCUUGAUUUCGAAGGAAAUAUACGGAGUAGGAGUUGCUGUUCUCAUGAUCCGAUGAAAA